GAACCCGCUGUAAAUAUCCCGAGACGGGCGGCGGCCCCUUUAAGCGCAGCGUAACCCGGGCCCGCCAACCGCCUGGGGGGUCGGCUGGGGAGAGGAUGCGGCGCGGAGCCGGCGGCACUAGAAAAAUGCAUUAUGAAUGAUGGCCACUGCUUGCUAAAAUGAAUGCCAAGAGCUCAUGUUCUGAACAUGAGGCUAAAAAAGAUUUGGAAAGGAGCCAACAGUUUUACUUCUAACUACUAAAAAGUUCUUCCCUGUCAAAAUGAACAUUCUUUGAGAAAAAUCUGAAUAACAACUGUGAUUUGAGAAAUGGGAGAAAGAACAAGGAGCUUGGAUUCUGACCAUGACAGAACAUCAGAUGAUGAUAAAAAUAGCAACUCCUACUAUUCAGAUGAAGAUAAUGCAUCUCAUGCCUCUGACCGAUCACUUACACUAAGCUCUCAGUCUACAAGCCGUGCGAAAAAAGAUCACAAAACAGAGACUUUGAGUAGCCUUGUGCAUUACCAAACCGCUAAGAAACCAGUUUCCAAAUAUGCACCAGCCAAAAGAGGGAGAAGGUGGGGUUUUCGCUCCCAGAGCCUCAGUAGGGAUUCUCCUUCAAAAGAUAUAGAUCUUGUUACAAAAAGGGUUCUUUCUGCCAGACUGCUAAAAAUCAAUGAGCUUCGGAAUGAACUAACUGAACUCCACAUCAAACUAGAUGAGCUGCAGAAAGAAAACAGGGCACUGACAAGGCUUCAGUACAGACAGGAGAAAGCCUUGAGUAAGUUUGAAGAUACAGAAAAUGAAAUCUCUCAGCUCCUCGCCCGACAUAACAAUGAGAUUAGAAUAUUAAGGGAGCGCUUACGAAAAUCUCAAGAGAGAGAACGCACAACUGAGAGAAGACUGAAAGAUUCAGAGGAUGAACUGUACAGGACAAAAAAUUCUUUGCAAAAAUUGAAAAAGCUUUCUGAAGAUAAGCACUUAGCUGAACGAGAUGAACUGGCAAAGAAGCUAGCCUCAGCAGAGAACAGACUGGAUGAGAGUGAGAAAAGAAUUAAGGAUUUGGAGAAAAGCCUUGAGCUGAAUAACAGCAGUUUCCAGCGACAGUUGCAAUCUGAGAAAAAAAAGGUACAUGAGGCCCAAGAAGAAAAUAAAGCUCUCCAAGAAGAGCUUCAACAACUAAAUCAAAAGCUAAAGGAAAAAGAGAGAGAACUUGAUGCAAAAAAUAUAUAUGCUAACCGUAUGUUGAAGCCAUCACCUAAAAAAGAAACGGAUGUUACACAAAGAAAAAAAGCCUGUAGCCAGAAUACUAAAAAAGGAAUCCAGACUACAAAAGGAGUACAGACUAGUGGGUACUUCUCACCGAUAGAAUUUCCUCCACCACCAGAGUUUGUUUCUGUUUAUGUAACAGAUCAGAAGGAAGAGGAGACACUUCUCAGAAUGGAACAGGAAACUCAGAAGAAAGGAUGGAAAGAACAAGCAGAGCAUCUAAGUCAAGAACGGAACAGGGAGAGAGAGGAGAAAAUGAAACAUGACCAAGAACUGCAGGCUUUAGAGGAGAAAGCCCAGAAACUAUGUGACGAGUGGGAAAAAGAAGAAUUUGACAGAAGGAAAAAAGAAAAUAACUUUUUAUUGGCUAAAGAAGAGGAGGCAAGAAUUGAGUCAGAAAUAUAUAAAAUUGAAAAUGAGAUAUACAACACUGAAAAACUAGAAGAAGACCAACAAAAAAAAGAGUUGCUGCUGGCUAAAAUGUAUAAAAUUGACAGAGAAACUCAAAGCGCUAUUAGUAUGAAACUUGCUUCACAAGCACACCUCACAGAUACAGCAUCAAAAUCUGACUCCCUAGAGAAAAAUGAGAAAACCUACCAGUUCUUAGAGACCACAGAGAAAUUAUUUAAUGGAUUUCCAGUAUAUGACAGCCAUGAUGUUAUUACAAAAGCAGGACAGAAGCGGCAAAAUGUUAAAACCACAGAUUCAAGUAAUGAUUUGACAUUUGGUAGUUACGUACCUUCCUUUGGGAAAGGAUCAGGGAGGCCAAGUUGGCUUAAUCAAAAAAGUAUUGUCUUAGAAGAAAAUACUAAAGAAAAUACAGAUUUCAAUACUAAGAAAGAGAAAAAGUCUAAUUUAAUGGAGCAACUUUUUGGAACUAGUGCCAACACCAUCGCUCCACCUAAAAGCAAUGACUCAAGUCCUUUGGAAGCUGACUAUGAUUCCGGCAGUGCUCUUCCUCUAGGCAAAAGCAAUAAAGUUAAAGAUGAUGAUUUUUUUUUCAGUGAAGGAAGACAUUUUAACCCAAAUAGGCACCAUUUACAGCACACAACAAGCCGGCCAGCAGUUAAGGCUGUUGAUUCUUUCGAAGAUGAAAUUGAAGAAGUAAUCCUGUGAUGACCACCUUUUAUAUAACUUGUGUGUGAAAAUGCUAUCCAAAUAUUUUAAUACAGUAUUUAUUUUAUACAGAUUUUAAAAGUUUCAGAUAUUGAAGCCUUAUGAAGGGAUGAUUUCAAUAGAUAAAUAUAUGUAUAGAGGAAGUAUACACUGCAUAUUCAGAUAGACCGGUCUGGCCUAUUCUAACCAGUCUGGCUCCUUGUGCAGUUAUAUUUUUUUAAUGUAUCUUUCCUAAUACAGUCCAUGAAAAUAAGGAGUUGCAGUGAUUACUUUUUACAUACUACAGCCAAUAAUCUUAAGGGAAUUUCCUGACAGAUUCCCAUGUAAUGCAACUGAGUUUGGGUAUUUGCUCACUUCUUCAUUCAGGAGGUGAUACUAUUUCUACCCUACUCAUAUUCCAGUCUACUCUCUGUAUGUGUGUUUGCCACCAUCAAAUCUGUUCAACUGCCAGGGCACAUUGGUGGUAUUCCAGAAGGCCACCACUAAUGCUCUUUCAUGGAUUUGAAUGGGAGAGAAAGUAGUUGGGGAACACUUAUACCUGCUUUUCUAGAGCCAAAGAUGACCUGUGUCACUUUUCUCACUAGUCUCUGCCUGUGGCUACGUAAAGGUCCCAUGAUACUUUCCACACUCUUGUCUCCUGCCAGGCUGUGCAAUGCCAUUAUUCCACUGGGAUAUUCAAACACUUCAAAGCAGAUUCAGUGCAGUUAAUGCAGGUCCUAUAUAAAGCUGCUGGGGUUUGUUUGGUUGUUUGCUUUCCCCAAUUGGACUAAAAAUAGUACAGAUAAUGAGGGGAGGAAGGAUAAUUCAGCCUACAAUUUGAAAGGCUAUGAGUUAUGGCCCCAUCAAUCUUUUUGUUAUAAGCUA